CAGCACCCACACGUUCACAACAUCACACCCACACACGCACCUGCAUUCAGAACCACUACAACGGUUUACACACAGCAUGCCAUAUGAAAACAACCACCACCAACACCACCAACAUCACCACCACCACCACCAACACCACCAUCUCCAACACCAUCUCCACCACCACCAACACCAACACCACCAUCUCCAACACCAUCUCCACCACCACCAACACCACCAUCUCCAACACCAUCUCCACCAACACCAUCUCCACCAUCUCCAACACCAUCUCCACCACCACCAACACCAACACCAUCACCACCAACAACACCACCACCAUCUCCAACACCAUCUCCACCAACACCACCAUCUCCAACAUCAUCUCCACCACCACCAACACCAUCACCACCAUCUCCACCACCAUCUCCACCACCACCAUCACCAACACCACCAACACCACCAUCUCCAACACCAUCUCCACCACCACCAUCUCCACCACCAACAACACCAACACCAUCACUACCAACAACACCACCACCAUCUCCAACACCAUCUCCACCACCAACACCACCAUCUCCAACACCAUCUCCACCACCACCAACACCAUCACCACCAACACCAUCUCCAACACCACCAUCUCCACCAACACCAACACCACCAUCUCCACCACCACCAUCACCAACACCACCAUCUCCAACACCACCAUCUCCACCACCACCAACACCAAAACCAUCACCACCACCAACACCACCAUCUCCAACACCAACUCCACCAUCUCCACCAACACCAACACCAUCUCCACCACCACCAUCUCCACCAUCUCCACCACCACCACCACCAUCUCCACCACCACCAACACCAUCACCACCAACAACACCACCACCAACACCAACACCACCAUCUCCACCACCACCAACACCAACACCACCAUCUCCACCACCACCAACACCAACACCAUCUCCACCACCACCAUCACCAACAUCACCAUCAUCACCACCAACACCACCACCAACAACAACACUACCAUCCCCACCACCAACAACAACACCAUCACCACCAACACCAUCAGCAGCACCACCACCAACACCACCAUCUCCAACACCAUCUCGCAUAAAGCGCAUAAAGCAAAACAAUACAGCGCAGAUAACAAUACAAACACAAUACAAACUCAACUAAACAAGUCGUAAUGGAAAACCAACAAGAGAAAGCAACAAAACAAAACGAAAGUGCACAAACCAUAGGAGCAAAAGCACCAGCGGAGAAGGACGCGUCCAGACAUGCUCAUUAGCUCACCUCAAAUAUCAAAAACAUACGAGCUAAAAUGUCCGCACCCAUCCGGUCACUAUGAUAUUACAGAAAGGGGUUGUACGUACCAAAACAUACGGAGACCACGUCAUUUCUCCGCCAGCCAAAGUUAAACUCACCAGAAAAGCUAAAAGCAUGAAUGCGGUAGCGUAUAACCGCCUUAAAUAUGCUUCCAAAACAGGACACUAAUGACGUCCAUGUCAAAACAGUUGCAGGGUAAUUGACCCCAUUAAAAGAGAUGCACAUCUACUACACACUUAAAGGUCAAAGGUCACGGUAAUGGUGAGGCCAAACCGUAAGCCACCAUCUUUACUGUCUCUGCAGUGGGCUGUUUAAUUCUGCAUUCUGAUUGGUCAGUAGGUGCUGAUUAGUUCUCCAUAACAGCAAUGACUUUGGUGGGGGUUAUAUAGCGAUGCACCCACUGUGAUGUCUUCCAGUUUCUAUAGUAACAGCUCGUUCACAGGGACUUGUACCAUGCAGCAGACGCUUCACAUCUCUGGAACGCGUCUCCGUUGGAAGCACUAUCUAGCGAUCAGUGAUCAGCGUUUCCAACUCUUUGCGGUUUGUUUUGCAGGAUAUGAAAUGUAACUAUAAACGGAUAAAAAAAGCGCGAUGCAUCAUAAGAGGAUAUACAGAGUAAUAAAACACUCAGAGACACGCUGUUGCAGGAAAAUAACCAACAUCGUGGUGGUAACAGUAACACCGCUUCAAUCACACCGCCACGUAAUUGAUUAUUUUCCUAUAAUGGCAUGACACGGAGUGUUGUACUCCUUAGUUAGCAUUAGUUGAACCGUUUCAGCUCCUCCUGACUACCACGAGAAACCAUAGUCAUGUGUCAAAGUGUCACAACCGAUGACGGCCAAGCUGAAUUUUCAGCCUCCGCAAGAAAUUGUUCACAGGAAAUUCUCCAAGAUGACUUGGACUUUUAGCUCCAAAACACGUGCUGCACUUAUUUAUAGACGCGCUCCUGGGUCAGAGGAACGUUCUAGUCCACCAUAGGUUUCAUGGCAAACCGGCCUGGUGAACAGAAUCAUUGGCGAGAAAUUUGCUCUAGUGAAAUUAGGACGCUCGUAGGGUCUCUUAAACAGAACAGCUUUUAUCUCAAGCUGUCCAAAUAAGGCAGCCUACGCAGGGAGCUGCCUGCUGAUUAGGACGUAACGACGGUCUUAAAGAACUCGUCUGACCUUUCACGUGACCACCGAAAGGAAUGCGCAGGUGUGUGUGAGAACUUUAUGUGAGUAUUGAUUCGGACAGUGCUUUCAGGUAAGACCACAUUUUUUUCACUGGUGGUAGGCCACACACACAUACACACACACACACACACACACACACACACACACAACCAUCAGCAUAAUAAUCACCUCCUGGGAAAAAAAAUAGACCAGACGGACAAACAGGAAGCAGCUGUUGCCAGGGAAACGGGCAGGCGGGCAGAGUGUGGGCGAGAUUGUGAGGUAAGACAAGAGGAGGAAAAAAGAGAACAAACAAGGGAAAAAAGAAGAAGGAGGGAGCGAGGGAGUGAGGCUAUGCUGAUCAGAUUUAAUAACGUUGUGCAAUGGGAAGAGAAAGGGGAAGCGAAUAUGAGCUCAGUGUGUGUGUGUGUGUGUGUGUGUGUGUGUGUGUGUGUGUGUGUGUGUGUGUGUGUGUGUGUGUGUACCUGCGUCUAUGGCCGGGAAUAGCAUAACUGACGUACAAAAUGACAAGCUGGAUCUGAAGCCCUGGCAACUGAGCUAUUAUUACUAAAUCACAUCUCUCUCUCUCUCUCUCUCUCUCUCUCUCUCUCUCUCUCUCUCUCUCUCUUCCCCACUCCUAUUACAUCAUUUAUGUAACUUUUUUUUUUAAUUUAGUUAAUCACAUUCAUGUUUAUGUGCCCAUGUCUAUUCAUGACCCCAGUAUAUUUUGGUAAAUGAAUAAUAAACUCAUUUCCACUUUAUCCUUCUCCGUUCGUUCUAAAAAGUUCUCCAAAGCUGUAAUCAGGAAGCCUGUUCCUCUUGCUCAUCCCAGGACUCUUCUGAACAUCCUGUAAACAUGCUCAGUACCGAGCAGAGGAAGUGGCCCAUCAAAAUCCGGCUUGUUUCUUGAAGAAGUAGAUGCUUUCGUGCAUUUAAGCAGCUCAAAUGGCCAGAUGUGAGAAAAAAAAGAGGGUCGCAGAUCUAGCGGCUGGGUGUUUGUGGAGCAAUGACAUCUCAAAUCAAGCAUUAAAAUGAACUAAAGCUCAAAUACACCGCCAAAACAUGUCCAUUCCCGUACAGCUUUGUAUAUACAAGUAUGCGGCAUUUUCCAUCGACGUCUACAAAAUAAAAUCCCUGCAAUGUUGCGAAUCACAUCAUGGAAACGUUGUAGGAACGUUCAUAAGCGCGACUUAAACACGAUCAGAACAUCUAGAAAACCGUGACAGACUGAACGUUCUUGGAACCCAAAGUUCCUAGAACUGUAAUGCUCAUAAAGCAUGGCCUCAUCCGUUCACGUGAGUAGAGGAGGAUUUAGCAAAAUCGUGUUCCUGUGCUUGUAGGCGUGACCUUUUAUUAUCAUAUGACAAUCAUCCCAUCUAUCGCCUACGGUGUGUGAAUGCACCACAUCACAAGUUAACUUUAACCUGGGUAACUAUAGUAUACACACACACACACACACACACACACACACACACACACACAUAUGUGGUUAUCGUGAUUAUUCUGUUGCUCCGAUCAUUGUCCUGACGCUGUAUAAUCGCACUCUGGAGUCACGGCACUGAGUCAUAUCUGCGCUAAUAGGAAGCUAAUGUAAGACGGCCUUCCGAGCAUCCGCUUUCCUAGAAAGCUGUGUGUUUGGAGGCUCCCCCUGCUGAGGCGCUGGCUCUGUUUUUUCCCGCAUCACCUUACCACACCCGCGGCAUAGAACAUGGCGCAAAGUCCGCCAGUAAGUGACACAAAUGAUACAGAUGUGAGAUUAAAGCCACAAACUGCCAGCUGGCGCUAUUCUAAGAGCCAUCCGUCCAGGGCGAAGGUGUUCUUAAGAGCUUCUUCAGAAAUAACAGACCGAUCCAUCGACUGAUAAACACCAGUGAGUCAUAGUGAACAAAAAGAAAUCUAUAGAACAGGAAGGAACAUUUCCUCAAAACAGAUAUCAUACUUUCCUUCUUAAUGUUAAGGAAAGUCUAAAAAGAAAAAUUAAAAAAAUAGAAAACUAGGCAGCGAAGGUGAAGGUGAUGUUAGAUACGGACGCUAAAAUCUGAUAUCUAUCUAUAAAUAGCGCAGUAAUGAAAGUGUUGAGCGAUGCAUUAUACAUGCUACGUUUGCUACUCUGCAUAUAUUCUGACGUUCACGCCAAAAAUUGAAGCGUGUAUUGAUGUCUUCGUGAGACAGGAGGAUUAGCUCCGCUAGCUCGUAUACAAACAAAAGGUUCAGUAAACGAUCACGUGUUAAUAAUUGUACUAGACUCGCAGUGAGGACCGAACAGAUCCACUGGGAGAAAUCCAGAGUCGCUCAAACGCAGGCGAGAACAAGUCCUGCGCAGGCCUGCCUUCGGUUUCCGUGCUAGUCGACUUCCCCUAAAGGGCUCGGAAGUGCGUCAAUCGAACGCGCACGUACAGCGGAUGAUCGCUGCUUGCUAAAUGUCUCAUUUACCAACGUUCUUCUUCAAGGAAAAGCAGAGUGCAGAGACAUCAGAUUAGCCUGCAUGCUAAUUAGCACGUUUGAUAAGUAUCUUGCUUGCUAAUUAGAAGACUAGACAAGCCUUUAGCAGUCAGGUUUUACACUUCUGAACAAUUAAGAAAGCUUCAUGAUUUUAACACUUUAAACUGCUUCAUUUACUGAUUUAUUUAUUUAUUUAUGCUACUGUGAGCUAGCUAAAAAGCAAGAAUGCUAACUAGUCUUCUUAGCACAAUAAUGUCGGUCCGACAACAGAUGUAGCAGUUUAAAUGUCGAAGCUCCUGGGUCUCCUGAGUCCACUCGAGUCCUUGUUCAGUUCAGUUCAGUUGAGGAAGUAAGUAAUGGAAAAGACAUGAAGUCCCAGAGAAGUUAAAGGUCACGUCUUCUGUCUGCAGUGUGAAUUAGGGGGUCACGGGGAGCCUGGAGCCAAUCCGCACGAGGCGGGGGACACCCUGGACAGGGAGCCAAUACAGUGCAGGACACAAUCACACACACACUCACACACUACACACAAUUUAGAAAUGCCAGUCAGCCUACAGUGCAUGUCUUUGGACUGGGGGAGGAAACCGGAGUACCUGGAGGAAACCAUCGCAGCACAAGAUCAUGCAAACUUGGCAUACACGGAGGAAGGCGGGAUUUGAACCCCCAACCCCAGAGGUGCGACGCAAACAUGCUAAAUAAUAAAUUAUUAGAGAGAUAUUACGAUAUCCACAACAUUUCAGAAAAGCAUAUUGCGACAUAUUGCGAAUUUAUCACAAUACUGAUGUUAUAUCUUUUCACGGAUGUUUUCUUUCCUUUCAGUGGGUGGGGCUUAUCUUAGGUAAAGAUGAUGAGCUGAGAUUAUAAUUCAACCCCUCAAUCAACCCAACUGCGGAAGUGAAGCAUUGUUCUUAGCAGUGUUCUUUAUUUUGUUGUUGUUGUUGUUGUUGUUGUUUUGGGGGGUUUUAUCUUCAGGAUAUAAGAACGAAAGGAAAAAAGAAAGAAAAGAAAUGCUGGCUACAGUAUACCAAAUGCAUUGAACUAACCAUUUACAAUAUUACAUUCUCCACGUUCUCCAUCGUCAUCGCCGUUUCCGUCACUUCUGCGCUUCUCAAACUUUUUCCACCACCAUAGUUCCGAUCAAUCAAUAAACGAGUUUCAUGAUUCAUCACA